GACUUCCUAUACAUGUAAAAUAGCCUUGUUAGGGAAUUAAAACGCAAACCCCUGUGAUUCAGAGUAUUAUGAAGCAAUGUCGUUAAUGCAUGGGUCAGCCUCAAAAUAAAUACAAUCGGAACAAAAGGAUCUUAUGAACAACGAGUUAUCAUUAAAUUAAUCGAGUCCAGUACGAAUGUUGUCCAAAUUAAAAUAUGAUGGAGAACUACAAAGUCUUGACUUGUCAAUUAUCAGGAAGUACACUUUCACCACAAACCCUCCCGUGUAAAAAAAGCUUUGAACAUAUUGAACUCACAUGCGUUUUGUUCCCAGCACUGGUUUCUCAGACGAAUAUUCGUAAUUCAAAAUUAGGUUUCCAACCCCGCCAGAGUCGCUGGUUUACUUUGCCCAUCACAACACAAGGAAACGUGCGAGAAUUGUGUGGCAGAGUAAUUGGGUUUAAAGCUACUUUCUGUUAUCGGUUUAAGAUAAUAACAGCAAUAAUAAGACUGCCGAUUAUGAGCCCUGGUGUGAGAAUUUGUCACAUGAGAUAAGAUUAAUUAACAGGCAAAGUAGUCCCUCUGAAAACUAUUAUUUUUUAAUUUAAUCCAGCGCUGCAUUGUUACAGAUUUUGUACUAUAUAUGUUUAUACGCAUUAGUGUUCCUUGUUUAAAACACGAUUUCACCUCUAAACGUAUAUAAUACGAGGGGCCAUGUUAAUUGUUUAACCCCCAUUGCGGAUUGAUUUACGUUUUAUUGUCGCUUUGUCAGCCUCAUGAAAACUUUAACCAAUCAUUUCGCAGAUAGCCCACAACAUAUUAGCUAACUCUACUUUGUUAGUUGAGAAGUUGAGGGAACAAUUUCUAGCCUUACAUAUAAUUUCCCAAUGAAUCGCCGUGUAUGGUGUUUAACAAUGACGAUGUCCGGUGCUAUUAGUAACUAUUUUGUCGAUUCGCUUAUAAGUCAUGAUAGCGAAGGGACUGCUGCAACAAAGUUAACUUCGGGGCAAUACAUAGUCUCCAGACAGCCUGGUCUUAGCGAACAUUCCGACUUCCCCGCUUGUAAUUUUCAGACGAAAGCUUCGGUGUUCGGCACCUCUUGGACACCGGUGUACCCUCAGCCUCCCGCCAAUGUGUCCACGUUAUACCAUCCAUAUGUCCAACCUCACCCCAUCCCGUCCGAAAGCAGGUAUAUGCGAUCCUGGCUGGAGCCAACCCCCAGAGCUGUGGCCGUCGCCGGGAUACCUACCAGUGGUCACGACUCAUUGAAAACGGAGCCCCUCGCGGGUCACGGCGUCCAAACCUUACCAGCGGCGCUACAAAAGUUGCACGGGGAAUCCUUGGAGAGUGAAAUCAUGAGGUCCGGGAAAGCGCCAUGCUAUGAGGACAGCUUAUAUGAAGAGAAAGGAGACAAAGAGGCGUCAUUACAAAGCAACCCUUCGGCAAAUUGGCUACAUGCUCGCUCGACCAGGAAGAAAAGGUGUCCUUACAGCAAGUACCAGACCUUGGAGUUGGAGAAAGAAUUUCUGUUCAACAUGUACCUCACCCGAGAGCGGAGACACGAGGUGGCUCGUCUUCUCAACCUGACGGAGAGACAAGUCAAAAUCUGGUUUCAAAACAGAAGGAUGAAGAUGAAAAGACUCAACAAGGAGCAUGCGAAGGACUUCAAGUGACGAGUUGAAAAUUCUUAUGGAACUUUAGCGCGUCGGCGGUUAUUGGCCCCAGUGCAACAUAGCCGUAAACCACAGUAAUUCAGAGAAAAAAAUCACCGCAAAGAAUAGCCUGAAUGUAAGGUAUUAACAACCCAGCAAUUCGGCUAUUUAUUUCCAACAUUUUAGAGAAUUCAUUCAGGGAAUAGAGUCACGUGUAGAGAAUUUUAUGACAGGAUAUUAUGAGAUACAACUUCCUCUCAUUCACAACCCCUUCUAUUAGCCAGAGAGAGAGAGAGAGAGAGAGAGAGAGAUAGCAGCGAGCUUUUAUUCCUACUCAGUCCUCUUGGCGGUUUAAAAAUAAAUUUCAGGUUAUAUAUAAAUUAUUACAAUUUCUGUGAAUCUUUUAGGGACGGUCUGUGUGGCGGAUCUCGCUGCAGUUCCACGUUUUAGAGAGAAAAUGAUCUUUAACCUACGAUUAUAUAUAUUGUAAUCUUUUCCGUUCGAACUGAUUUAACACGACUUACUAUCAAUUGUUUACAGGCAAAGGUGAAUGUUUAAUAACACGUUGUUAAACGCGUCACACUGCGAUUGUUUCACGCGACUCCCCUCGUCAUUUUGAUUUUGGGGGCAUGCUUUCUUCCACAGAAUUGUGGUUACUAUUUAAACCGAAUGAUGGUGUACAUUAUGAUGUCUGUUUCUGUAGACUCUAGUUUGUGUGUUUUUUUGGGUGAGUUUGGGGCCUGUCUUCUUAUUUUUGGGUUUAAAACGCAUAACCGCGCACCCAAAAUUGAAACGAGCAGUUGUCACGUUUCGUUGACUAUAAUCUUGGUUGAGUGUUUUUUGUGUUAAUCUCUGGGCAACUAUUAUUACCACGUGGCUUUUUUUUUUAAAAGAUAAGGGCUUAAUACUUAGGAAACAGGACAAGUAGGGUCGAGACCAAAAUUUAACAAUGCACACGAUAGGAUUUCAUAACGUUAUGAAAACACACAGGCUAGGAAUAAUCUGACGAAGUUACCCAGAUGACCAUUACCCACCACCACGCAAGAAAGGAAAUCAACAAAUAGAUCAUUUAAAAAAGAGAUACACUUUAGUAAAAAAAAAAAAACACAUUCCUGAAGGGAAUUUGUAAAUAUUUCUGCGUAUUUUUAUGUCUGUCCGGUUGGAGCUGGUGUUUAUACUCCGAAUUUUAUAGGUUUGUGCCGAUUUUACAUUUAAAAUAAUCCAAUCAACUGACUGGCAUAAACACACCAAAUCUGGGUGGCUUCUACUAGUGUUUGUUUCUCUACCGGAACUGUACAACAGCAGCAGCGCGCGGUUGCACUAUUUAACGUGAUUUUAUAUUAUUAAUCAUAGACAAACUAAGAAUUGAAAUCCACUGAAUGAUGUAAAAAACAAUUGAACUCGCCGUUCUCGGUGAACCUAACACCACAAUCAAUAGAUGGAAAUAUGUGAAUGUAUGACCAACAUACUGCAAAAUAAAUGCUGCUGAUAAAAUGAAAA